AUGGACGACGAGCUGCUCCUGCAGCUGAACGAAACGGAGGACUUUGGUGAGGGCAGGCUGGACUACGCCGUGGAGGGUGAGCACGCCUGUUCCACCGACAUUGACAGCGAGGACACGUGGGAGAUCAUAUCCUCUUUCUUCCGCGAGAAGGGGCUUGUGCAUCAGCAGAUUGACUCGUACAAUGACUUUCUCCUGCGCAUUCCUCGCAUGGCACGUAGCCUGCUGGAAAUUGUGCCGCGGCAGGAUGAACAGUUCGAGCCCGGCGCCCAGACGGAGGCGGAGCCAGACCAAUACCGACUCAGUCUCGAGGACGUGGUUAUCGGUAACCCGUCUCACGAGGUCUCCGGAUUUAGCCGACAAGAGCUGCACCCUCUCUUUCCCAACGAGUGCCGUCUACGCGACUUAACCUACGACGCCAACGCGCAAGUCACUCUCGGCAUUCGCGUGUACCGCUCCCGGGAGGAGCAGCCGUACCGCACCUUCCUACAAAAUAUGGAGCUCGGCCGCAUUCCCAUCAUGCUGAAGUCCAUGCGGUGCAAUCUGCAGAGCAAGGACGAAGAUGAGUUGCCGCGCCUGAACGAGUGUCCACAUGAUCAGGGAGGCUACUUUGUCAUUAAUGGAACGGAGAAGGUUCUCAUUGCACAGGAGCGUCAGGCCGCCAAUCACGUGUACGCCUUCACACGGCAAAAAGGACUUUUGUGUGAGAUCAAGUCUAUUGUUGAGGGCUCGCUGAAUAAGCCUCGUACGCUUCAAAUACUAAUGCCCUAUAAGAAGAAGGGUCCGGAACACGGCUAUGAGAAUUUGCUGUGUCGUGUGGCACAGAUGGAUGAACUCAUUCCUCUGUUUGUUCUCUUCCGCGCACUUGACAUGGGGUCGGAUAAAGAAAUUCUUCAAACCGUGGUUCCUGAUUUAAAAGAUGCCGCCAUGCUUGAAAUGCUUCGCGGCUCCAUGGAGGAUGCGAGUACAUUGCAGAUAUUUACCAGGGAUGAGGCGCUGUGGUUUAUUGGAAAGCGUCUUGGUAAGCAGGACAGUCGAGAAAAUCUGCAGCGUGAGGCACAGGAACUGUUGAUGCGGGACCUUCUCCCACACAUGGGCGUUGAUUGCGCUGCUGAUCGAGGCAAAUGUCUCUUCAUAGGCUACAUGGUUCACCGUCUCUUGUUACUUGCGCUUGGCCGCAGAGAGGACACCGACCGUGACUUUUUGGGUCACAAGCGCAUUGAUGUUGCCGGGGCACUUUUGACGUUUCAGCUGAAUCAAUUCCUUGUGCAGGUGCGAAAGGAGAUGACAAAGACCGUGCACGAUUACUCGACCAACCGCGGCGGCAUUGUGAGCUUUGGCAGAAUUCUGCACAGUCGCCUCAUCACAGAUGGGUUGCGCCGCUGCCUUGCCACGGGCAACUUUGGGGACAUGAAGACCGGCAACAUCAAGACAGGCGUGUCGCAGACCCUCAACCGACUGACAUACUCCUCGUCACUGAGUAACCUGCGCCGUAUUCAGAACCCCAUCUCCGCCUCUAGCAAAGCCACCCGGCCACGCAACUUGCACUGCACCCAGUGGGGCUACAUUUGUCCGGUGGAGACGCCAGAAGGUGGUUCCAUUGGGUUGCUGAAAAAUCUUGCACUGAUGUGCCUUGUUUCUCGUGGAAGUGAUCACACAGGCGUUGUGCAGGCGGUGCAGGCGCGUAUUACCGGGUUCCACUCCAUUGACCUUUCCGGUCUUGCCGAUGUGCGGGUGGCUCGCGUGUUUGUGAAUGGAACACUCAUUGGGGUGCAUCGCGAUCCCGAGCGCCUGCUCCGCGAGUUGCGCGCUCGACGUCGUGGUGGGGAGCUCAGCAACGAGGUGAGCAUUGUGCGUGACAUCCGUGACCGAGAGAUUCGCGUCUUUUCCGACGGCGGUAGAUGUCUGCGGCCAUUGUUUGUUGUUGAGAAGUCACGCAUCAAGCUGCAGAAGACGGGCAUUGGGGAACUUCUGGAGCCGUCCAAGACACCUGGUGGGAAACGUGAGAUUUCGUGGAACCGGGUCAUGAAGAAGGGCUACGUUGAACUCAUUGACUGUGAGGAGGAGGAUUCACUUCUCAUCGCCAUGACGCUGACGGAGGUGAGCAAAAAUUAUUACUACUCUCACUGUGAGAUGGACCCGUCGAUGAUUCUUGGCAUUUGCGCCUCCAUCAUUCCCUACCCGAAUCACAAUCAGUCGCCACGUAAUACGUACCAGUCUGCCAUGGGGAAGCAGGCAAUGGGGAUCUACGCGUCCAACUUUAACAUGCGCAUGGACACCACGGCGCAUGUACUUUUUUACCCGCAAAAACCGCUUGUGCGAACGAAGGCGAUGUCAUACAUGCGAAGCAACGAUCUCCCUGCUGGGCACAAUGCGGUGGUGGCCAUUGCCUGUUACUCGGGAUACAAUCAAGAGGAUUCCAUCAUCAUGAGUCGCUCUGCUGUGGAGCGGGGAUUCUUCCGCAGCGCGUUUUGGCGCUCCUACAAGGCGUCCGAGGAGCGCAAGAAGGAUGGUCGUGAGCUAUUUGAAAACCCCGACCGUAACAUUUGUCGCGUCAAGCGCGCGGACUACACGAAGCUGGACGCGGAUGGUCUUAUCAAGCCUGGCAUGUCUGUAAUGGGGGGUGACAUUCUCGUUGGCAAAACCAUUCCCAUUCCCGAGGCGGCUCUGGAGAACGCCGUCGUAGGCAACACACGGCUGCUUAAGCGGGACUGCAGCAUAGCGUCGAGAACGACAGAGAAGGGGGUGGUGGACAAGGUGAUGCUCACGGAGAACAGCGGGAAUCGGUUUACGAAGGUGAAGGUUCGCAGUAUUAAGAUACCAAACAUCGGUGAUAAGUUCUGUAGUCGUCACGGGCAAAAGGGCACAAACGGGAUUCAGUUCCGUCAGGAAGAUAUGCCUUUUAACCGUGACGGAAUUGUUCCAGAUUUGAUUAUCAACCCGCACGCCAUUCCCUCACGCAUGACGGUGGCCCAUCUCAUCGAGACACUUGCGGGCAAGGUGGCGUGCUAUAAGGGCAGCGAGGUGUACGCCACCCCCUUCUGCUCAGUUGUCGUUGAGGACUUUGGAAAGGCCCUGCACCAACUCCGGUUUCAGCGUUAUGGCAACGAGUGUCUGUACAAUGGCCACACGGGAUCGCCCCUUGACCACCUUAUCUUUUUUGGCCCCACCUACUACCAGCGUCUGAAGCACUUGUCUGGUGACAAGAUUCACGCCCGGCCUCGUGGACCGCUUCAACCGCUGGUACGUCAGCCCACAGAGGGACGCGCGCAUGAGGGUGGCCUGCGCUUCGGCGAGAUGGAGCGGGAUUGCAUGUUGUCGUAUGGUGCCUCCCAGUGGCUUCGCGAGCGUCUGUUCCGUGUGAGUGAUUACUACUCGGUUCAUGUCUGCAACAUCUGUGGAACCAUCUGUGCUGCCGACACGGAACAAAAUGUGUACAAGUGCCAAGGGUGCGAUAAUGACACGCGCAUUUCUCAAGUUCUCAUGCCCUACGCAUGCAAGCUGUUGUUUCAAGAACUCAUGUCGAUGGCCAUUCUCCCACGUCUCGGCACCGGACCUCUUUAA